CGGGCCGGGCCGAGCCGCGCCGGGCGGCGGGAGCUGCGCCGCGUCCGCACCGGGCCACGCCUGGGGCUGCGAGCGGGGCACCGGCACCGGCACCCCCCGGCCACGCCUGCGGCUGCGAGCGGGGCACCGGCACCGGCACCGGAACCGGCACCGGGACCGGGACCCCCGAGCCGCGCCUGGGCUGAGAGCGGGCCACCGGGACCGGCACCGGGGGGCUCGCCCAGGGAUCGGGAUCUGCACUCCCGGGCCACGCUUGGGGCCGCUGCGAGCCGGACACCGCAGCGGGACCGGGACCCGGACUUCCGAGCCACGCGUGGGGCUGCGAGCCGGACACCGGCCCCGGGAGCCGCUCCCGCGCCGGGACAGGUGUCCCCAUGGAGUGACCCUGCGCGGGGGUCCCGGCAGCUGUGCCAGCACGGGGGGACGCUGGCUGCCACCACCGCGAGCAUGAGCGAGUUCUGGCACAAGCUGGGCUGCUGCGUCGUGGAGAAGCCCCAGCCCAAGAAGAGGAGGAGACGGAUCGACCGCUCCAUGAUCGGGGAGCCCAUGAACUUCGUGCACCUGACACACAUCGGCUCCGGAGACAUGGCUGCGGGAGAGGGGCUGCCCAUGACUGGUGCUGUCCAGGAGAUGAGGUCCAAGGGCGGCCGGGAGCGACAGUGGAGCAACUCCCGCGUGUUGUAGCGUAUUCCUGGCUUUUUCAGCCCAAACUUGAACUGCCUGAUCCCCCCCGCUGGAGGAGAAGCCCACCUGGAGUGCUUUAACCCCGCGGUAUUUAUGCAGCACCAUCCUCACCCAGCUCCCGGUGACUUUGGGUCGUUGUCCCUCUGGAAAAUCCCUCCUUCGCGGAGGCACUGGCUGGUGACACGGGGAGGGAGCGGGGACAGCAGCCCCCAUCUCCUGCCCCGCCUAGAAAGGACACGGCCACCCCCCUGAAACGUGCCAGGAGCUGCCAGGUGCAGCCCACGCGUCCCAAAAUCCUCCCAGUUUUCCCUUUUCCCGCUCCCGUGUCGCCCAUGGGCUGCAUGGUGGUGCCUCAGUUUCCCCAGGGAACCAGUCAUGGUGCAGAGGCAGCUUUGAUGCCUCCCAGAACAUCGCAGAGGAGCAAAACCAGGAUUAAGCCCUGAUAUUCUGGUGCCAAACCAGAGUUAAACCCAAGAUGUUCUGGAUUCGAUGUCAAACUGGGAUUAAACCCCAAUUCUUUGGAGCAGAACCGGGCUUAAACCCCGAUGCUUCGGUGCCAAACCGGGAUCCAAGCCCAACGCUCGGCUGCCUCGGCGCCACCGAGCCCGCAGUGCCUCCAGCCGGCAUUCCACCGCCGCCAAACUCCCACCUCCCUCCUUUUUUUUUAGGAUCUCUUCUUAUUUUUAAGCUCCAAAACCCACCUGAGCAGCCUGGGUCGCCUCGGGCAGGACCGUGGUGGGGUCACCUCCACCUGGGAUUGUCCCCAGCCCCGGCCGAGGCCGGGCAGGGCCUGACCCGAGAAGGAAUUCAGGGUGUACAUAGUUUAAUUAGCUCCAGGAUUAAAUAUUAAAUAGCACGUGCUGGGUGACAGAGCCUUUCCCCUGGCCUGUGCUCGGUGGGAGCCGGGCUUUUCCAGCCCCGUGUCGUGCUCGGGUCAGGGUUUUUUUUUUUUGGGAAAAAAAACAUUCCACCCUUGAAAUAAAUGCUUUGUGCUGGCCCAGGGGGUGGGUGCACGAGCUGCCCCAGGCUCCAAGCUCCCUCCUCUACUCCCGGAGCAGCCAAAUCCACUGGGAAAAGCUGAGAUUGCCAGCAGGCAGAGGCCACGACUUUUUAUGGCACAACCAGUUUCCUCCCGGCUGAGCUGGGCUCGGGAGUGUGGCUGCACUGACACCCCCUCCCUGGACACCCCAAAAUGUUCCUCUGACCCGCUGUAGAGGGGAUUGCACCCCAGGGAAAGAGGGGGUGCACCCCCAGCUCGAGUGGGGCAGCACCCCGUCCCAGAAUAAAAGCCAAGAGCCAAAACUGGAA